AUGGUCAAGAUGCGGUUGCUUUCAUCAUUCUCCACCACCCUGGCUAUUCUGAAGGUCACGGCAGCAGCUCCAGCUCCAAAUGGAGGCAAUAGCAAGCUCGUUCGACCGGCGAAAGGUCUCUCCAAGAAAGAAGCCAAAUACGCAGCCGCACGAAAGAGGAAAGCAGAUCAAAGCCUAGCUUCCUGGCUCGAGAAGCAAGGCUCCUUCGACACAUCCUCUGUCCCAGCGGUUGGCUUCACUUCCAGCGGCGGCGGCUACCGGGCUCUCCUCGAGACAGCCGGCGUGUUCCAAGGCUUCGAUGCCAGAGACUCCGAUGUUGGGACCAGCGGAAUCUACCAGGGUCUUACUUAUGAGGCAGGCCUCUCUGGUGGCUCCUGGUUUCUGUCCUCGCUCGCAGGAAACAACUGGCCGACAGUAACGGCGCUCAAAACUGGACUAUGGGAAGACGCUUUCCAGAACGGGCUCCUUGUUCCCGCCAACAUCCUGUCAGUCGACGACCUUACAUUGUACGCACAGGUCAGCACCGAUGUCGUGGCGAAGGAGGCGGCUGGCUACGACACCACCAUUGUCGACCCAUACGGUCGUCUGCUCUCCAACCAGCUGCUUCUCGGCGAUGACGGCGGUGUCCGAACCCGUCUUUCAGGUCUCACGGGCCUCAGCAAAUUCAUGGCCCACGAGGUGCCCUACCCUAUCAUCACGAUCAUCGCGGGCUUUCCAGAUGACGGCCAAUGUAGCCCAGCCAUCGAUGGCCCGCAGUUCGAAUUCCAUCCCUACGAGUAUGGCUCUUGGGACACCGGCAUCUCCGCCUUCGCGAAUACAAAGUACAUGGGCACCGACAUGACCAAAGGCAAACCUACGGACGCUGAGAAGUGCGUUCAGCGAUACGACAACCUAGGCUACGUUCUCGGCACAUCGUCAAACAUCUUCCCUGGCUUCUGCGGGGUGCUCGAGCCAGACAACAGCACUCUCCCUGGCGUCCUCGAGUCCAUCCUUCCCCAUGAUCCCGAGCUAGACGACGUCUUCGGAGUCUACCCCAACCCCUUCUACAAGUACCCCCGCUCCACUCUGGUCGAGAACGAUGCAGAGCUCACCCUCGCCGACGGCGGACUAGCAGGCCAGAACGUGCCCAUCUGGCCGUUCAUCCAGUCGUCCGCUCCGAGAGUCGACGUCCUGAUCGCCAACGAUAACAGCGCUGAUACUGACGACAACUUCCCCAACGGCACGGAGAUCCGGCAGACGUACCUGAACGCCCAAGCCGCCGGGCUGAGCAAAAUGCCUUUCAUCCCCGACGUCGCUACAUUUGUUGACGAGGGUUUGAACAAACGCGCGACCUUCUUCGGCUGCGGAGAACCAGACGCGGUCAUGAUUGUGUACUUGCCGAAUGUCAACUACACAUAUCCGAGUAACCAGCCAACGAGCAAACUGCAGUACUCGAAGAAGGAGACCGACGGCAUGAUCGCGAAUGGAGUGCAGAUCGCCACGCAGAAUGGAGAAGAAGGAUGGCCGUUAUGCCUGGCUUGCGCGAUACAGAACGACAAUGGGAAGGCGCCGAAGACGAAGGGCUGCAAGGCGUGUUUCAAGAAGUACUGCUAUAGGCAGUGA